AUGGGCUCCAUUGCAACUUCUCCCGCCGAGCUCGACGCCUCGGUGGCCAAGGUCACUCGAUCCACCAACCUGCGCCAUGUACCCGCGCCGGGCUCUCCUGAGGAACUCAGUCACUCAUACUGCACUGACCACAUGGUCACCGCGCGAUGGACCGCUGCGAACGGCUGGGAAACACCUGAAGUGAAGCCAUAUCAGAACCUCAGCAUCGCCCCGACCGCAUCAUGCCUGCACUACGCCACCGAGUGCUUCGAGGGCAUGAAGGUCUACCGCGGCUUUGAUGGGAAGCUGCGCCUCUUCCGGCCAGACCUCAACGGCGAGCGUCUGUCUAACAGCGCCAACAGGGCGUCUCUCCCACGCUUCCGGUUCGAGGAACUCAAAGAGCUCAUUGCCAAGCUAAUGCAGAUUGACGGCCUCCGCUGGCUCCCCAAGUCCCAACCCGGCCGCUUCCUCUACCUCCGCCCAACUCUCAUCGGCUCCGGUACCCAGCUCGGCGUGCAAGCACCUGCCGAGGCCCUCCUCUUCAUCAUCGCCGUACCCUGGCCCGACCCCUCCACCAGACUCAAGACCAUCCCCGGUGAAGCCAUGGGCCUGAAACUCCUCACCUCACAACCAGACACCAUCCGCGCAUGGCCUGGCGGUUUCGGUUACGCCAAGCUCGGCGCGAACUAUGGCCCUUCGCUUGCGGCGCACGGCCAGGCGCAAGCCCAGGGCUUCGACCAGGUUCUCUGGCUAUUCGGCGAAGACCGCCAGGUCACCGAGGCCGGGGCCAGCAAUUUCUUCAUUGUCUGGGAGAAUGCACAGACUGGGAAGCGCGAGCUUGUUACCGCACCCUUGGAGAACCAACUCAUUCUCCCUGGUGUGACGAGGCGCAGUGUUUUGGAGCUUGCGCGGACGCGCCUCAACCAGACCGUGGGUGAUCUUGGAGCUGUUGAGGUUGUUGAAAAGACAUUCACGAUUAAGGAUGUUGAGACAGCAUGGAAGGAGGGAAGAGUUGUGGAGGCUUUUGUUUGUGGCACUGCGUUCUUUAUUACCCCCGUCAAGCUUAUCAGAGAAGGCGAUGUGGAUAUCCAGUUGCUCAAGGCUGGCGAGACAGCAGCCUACGCGGCGCAGAUCAAGUCGUGGCUUGAGGCGGUCAUGUACGGCAAGGAUGGCGCCGAGAACCACGAGUGGUCGUUCCGCAUUGAGAACGAGAGCGAAAAGUAG